AUGAUUACCUCUCGCCUCGCUCGCGUCGGUGCGCUGGCACCCAAAUCCCGUCUGUUCCUCGGAACUCGCAGCUAUGCCACCGCCCUUGAGAAGGUCGAGAUGACCAACCAGGAGAAGGGUAACUACAUCAGUUACAAGAAGAUGUCUGAGAACCUCGACAUCGUCCGCGGUCGUCUCCAGCGCCCCUUGACCUACGCCGAGAAGGUCCUCUACUCUCACCUUGACGAUCCUCAGGGCCAGGACAUCGAGCGUGGUAUCUCAUAUCUGAAGCUCCGCCCCGACCGUGUUGCUUGUCAGGAUGCUACCGCCCAGAUGGCUAUUCUGCAGUUCAUGUCCGCCGGCAUGGACCGCGUUCAGACCCCUACCACCGUCCAUUGUGACCACUUGAUCGAGGCUCAGGUUGGUGGUGAGAAGGAUCUGGCUCGUGCCAACGACAUCAACAAGGAGGUCUACGACUUCCUUGCCUCCUCCACUGCCAAGUACAACAUCGGUUUCUGGAAGCCCGGUUCCGGUAUCAUUCACCAGAUUGUCCUCGAGAACUACGCUUUCCCCGGUGGUCUUAUGAUCGGUACUGACUCCCACACCCCUAACGCCGGUGGUCUCGGUAUGGCCGCCAUUGGUGUCGGUGGUGCUGACGCUGUCGAUGUUAUGGCUGGUCUCCCUUGGGAGCUGAAGGCCCCCAAGGUCAUUGGUGUCCGUCUCACUGGUGAGAUGUCUGGCUGGACCACUCCUAAGGAUAUCAUUCUGAAGGUUGCCGGUCUCCUGACCGUCAAGGGUGGUACCGGUGCCAUCAUUGAGUACCACGGUCCCGGUGUCGACUCCCUGUCCUGCACUGGUAUGGCCACUAUUUGCAACAUGGGUGCCGAGAUUGGUGCCACCACCUCUAUGUUCCCCUUCAACGAGCGCAUGUACGACUACCUCAAGGCCACCAAGCGUGAGCACAUUGGUAACUCUUCCCGCGAAUACGCCGCCAACCUCCGCGAGGACCAGGGUGCCGAGUACGACCAGCUCAUCGAGAUCAACCUGUCUGAGCUCGAGCCCCACGUCAACGGCCCCUUCACCCCUGAUCUCGCUACCCCCAUCUCUCAGUUCAAGGAGGCUGUCAAGACCAACAAGUGGCCCGAGGAGCUCAAGGUCGGUCUCAUCGGUUCUUGCACCAACUCCUCGUACGAGGAUAUGUCCCGUGCCGCUUCCAUUGCCCGUGACGCUCUCGACCACGGUCUUAAGUCCAAGUCCCUCUUCACCAUCACCCCCGGUUCCGAGCAGAUCCGUGCCACCAUCGAGCGUGAUGGCCAGCUUCAGACCCUCGAGGAGUACGGCGGUGUCAUCCUGGCCAACGCCUGUGGACCCUGCAUUGGUCAGUGGGACCGCAAGGACGUGAAGAAGGGUGAUGCCAACUCCAUCAUCUCCUCCUACAACCGUAACUUCACUGGUCGUAACGAUGCCAACCCCGCUACCCACGCCUUCGUUGCCUCCCCCGAUCUCGUCGUCGCCUUGACCGUUGCCGGUACCCUCAACUUCAACCCCUUGACCGACAAGCUCAAGGACAAGGAUGGUAACGAGUUCUUGCUCAAGCCCCCCACCGGUGAAGGUCUCCCCGCCCGCGGCUACGAUGCCGGCCGUGACACCUACCAGGCUCCUCCCGCCGACCGUGCUUCCAUCAGCGUCGCUGUCUCUCCCACCAGUGACCGUCUCCAGCUCCUUGCCGGCUUCGAGGCCUGGGAUGGCAAGGAUGCCACUGACCUGCCCAUUCUCAUCAAGUGCCAGGGCAAGACCACUACUGACCACAUCUCCAUGGCUGGUCCCUGGUUGAAGUACCGUGGUCACUUGGAUAACAUCUCCAACAACAUGUUGAUCGGUGCCACCAACGAGGAGAACGGCAAGGCCAACUCGGUUAAGAACGCCUUCACUGGCAAGUACGACGCCGUCCCCGCCACUGCCCGUGACUACAAGGCCCGUGGUAUCAAGUGGGUUGUCAUUGGUGACUGGAACUACGGUGAGGGUUCUUCGCGUGAGCACGCCGCUCUUGAGCCCCGUCACCUCGGUGGUCUCGCCAUCAUCACCCGCUCCUUCGCUCGUAUUCACGAGACCAACCUGAAGAAGCAGGGUAUGCUUCCCUUGACCUUCUCUGACCCCGCCGACUACGAGAAGAUCAAGCCCGAGGACAAGGUUGACCUGCUUUGCACCGAGGUUGCCGUUGGCAAGCCCGUUACUCUGCGCGUCCACCCCGCCGAUGGCAGCGCCACCUUCGACAUCAAGCUCAGCCACACCUUCAACGAGUCCCAGCUCGAGUGGUUCCGUGAUGGUUCUGCCCUGAACACCAUGGCUCGCAAGGCCGCCAACUAA